CAAGUGCAUACCAAUCGUUAUGACAAGGAAAUGGACUUGAUAGAAACGUUGCCAUGGGUAAUGCUGUUGACAUUUUGUACCAUAAGAAAAUUGAAGAGCGAAAAAAACAGACGGAGAAGGAACGACAAAUCUAUCAAGCGUGUAUAGCCUGGAAUAUACGACAAGAGGAACUACAUAAAAGAGAAAUUGCUGAAAGAAAAGAAAAAGCUUGGAAAGAGCAAGAGAAGGAGAGGAUGAAAAAAGAUGAAGGAAUGAUGGAAAUGUUUGUUCAAAAUAUCGAAAAAGAGAAAAUAUCAAACAAGAAAAAAAUGAAGUUAAGAGAACGAAAAAUUGAGGAAAGGAAAAGACUGAGUUCUUCUCUUUCUAAUAGGAGCACUAGACAUAUGGAAGAACACAUUAAAAAGGAAUCAAUGAUAAUUGCCAAAAACAUAGAGAGUAUCGAAAAAAGAGCGGAAAAGUCCAGAGAGGAGACGAGAACGCGAAUUAAAACAAUAGAAAAGAAACACGCGGAGGACCGGAAGUUGUUUAUGCACAGAGUAACAACCGCUGAACAGGAAAGAAAUAAAGAUAUUGUAAAAGCUGAACGCAGAAUAUCAUACAUUGAGAAAAAGAUUGUACAGGAGCGUAUGAUUUGGCAGCACAAACUUAUGGCUGCGAGACGAAUUGAAAGUGGGACGAAAUUAUCUAGUAGAAAACUUUGGGAAAUUGGACGAAAGACAGUUGAGAAGAAAAAACAGUCGCUUGAAAAGUCAAAUGAAGGCGAGAGCAAUAACGUUUAUAAAUCUCAAAGAAAGUUUGAGGUAGACUGGGAAAACAAGACAUAUCCAAGUGGAAAAGAUAAAUUGCAUAAAAACAUGACCAAAAAGGCAAUUAAUAAUAUCGCUGUAAAGGCGACAUUAUCAACUGUAAACGAAGAAGAUCCUAUUUUACUAGACGUAGGCAAAAAGAAAAUUACACCUAGAAUAAGCACAAAACAACGUAUUUCUAAAACCGUAGUAAAACAGGAUAUAGUGCGACGUUCCACCUCAGAACGUUUUCAACGUUUUUAUGUUCCUCAAAAGCAUAGUUAUGCUGUUAAACACACUACUCUAAAAACGUUUAGAAAAACAUAUACGGAUGUCAGUACAAAUUAUCCUCUGAACAAAGCCGAAAGCCUAACAAACGGUGCGGAGUUAAGUACAACACAACAAGAUAAAGUAAAUCCAAAAAAGAAAAUAAGUAAUAAUGAUAAUGUUCGUAGAGAUAACAGACGAAACAAUCCUUUAGAUCCAAACAUUUCCAAUAAGCAAACAAAGAAUCCCGAUGUAGAACUUAAACAGAAAUCACAAGCUACAAGACCGAAGGAUAUUGCAGACAAACCAACAAAAAUAAACGAAAAACCAAUUCAAAAAUACAACCAUGCCGCCCGCACAGGCAGUUUAGAUCGUAAGGACACAUCAAAACCUGGACAAAUCAAACCAAAUCUAACUCAAAUACCUACUGAUAAUUUCAGCUCAAUUAAAGAAAAGAAACAAAUAAUCACAUUGUCUGAUCCGUUGAUUCCAAAAAGUCUUGAACUCGGACAACCGGAAGUUGAGGAAAUUAUGGGAAUCCAGCCCCUAGCAAUGGCGAAAGAUAAUAUAACAAAUAAAAAGGUCCAUUUCGAAAACAAGUCUCCAGAGAGCAAGAAACCAACAAUGAAAGACAUAGAACCAAAGAGUGAAACAAACAACGAGGAGCCUGUAAAUGCAAAAUUUGACAAUCAAUAUUCAAAACUGACGGAAGGUCAAAUUUCAAAGAAUAAUGAUAAGAAAGAACGUUACGAGUUUCUAUUUUCUACAAUUCAAAAGCCUAAAAGGAUAGGAGACGAUGAAAGCAAGAGUAAAACCAAGGAGAAAACAGAUGAAAAGUCAACAAAACAUUCUGUACCGAACCGCACAACUACUAAACAGGCACUUCUUGUAGACAACACUCGAGUAAAACCACCAGAGAUGGGGACAGGGGCAGUCAAUUCAAAAGUGUCACUAAAAACUAAAAUAAAAGAACUCGAAAAUAAUACUCAAACAAAACAUCGCUUUGGUAAAUCGACUGAAGUAGAAGAAGGUUUUCGAAAUCCUAAAACACAAGAGGCUCCAAAAACAACCACUGUAGAACAAAUAACGGGAGUUACGUUGCAAAAAAAUGAAACCGAGAAUGUAAAGCUUUCCACCAAUGAAGACAGUCGCGAAAGGAGACAAAAACUAACUGUUCCAAUAAAACCAAGGACAAAUCUCUCUGUGAAUAGAUAUUCCAGUAUGUUUCUAGUUGAUCAGAGAAUAUCAGAGGUACAACGAAGGAUCGAUAAAAUGAUGAAAACUAGCAGUACAGACAUAUCAGUAGCAUAA